GAAGAAGCGCAUUGACCUUUCCAUAGCAGGCUAUAGAGUCUAGAUUCUAGAUCUCGAGUCCUUAAAAUUAUAUAGAUCUAGUUCUAGACUAGAUCUAGUCCUAGAAAAAGUCUACUCCAAUUUUUAGCUUUGCAAUUUAAAAUGAAGCUAACUAAUGUUUUACAGUUCUAUACAAGAUAUCGAAGAGUCAAUGGUUUACUAAGAUUUGGAAAAUACAGAGUUAUUCCUCCUAUCAGUGUCAACUUCAAAAGGAAAGUGGCAGAGUUAAUGUGUAUUGAAAAGGAUAAUCUAGACAUCAUCAACAAGCCUUUCUUGUCUGCAGAUGAAGAGAAUGCUUUCCACAAAGUUGUGCCCAGAGUGCCGUACAAGAAUGACAAAACCAAAAAGGACGAGCAGCUCACUGAGAGACUAGAUAAUUUACCACCCAACUACACCACAAAAGAGUUGUUUGCUAUUUUAAACUGUAACAAGAAAUGGGAAUAGCAUUUUUUUUGUUGUUGUUGUUGCCAUAAUCAUCACAUGAACAUUUUAUUUUUACAGACUGUGAGCUUAUUAAAAUCAAUUCUGUACAUUUAAA